UGUGCCCCGUCGACGUCGCUGUUUUGAUCCGUUCUAAAUUUAGUCGCCGACGCCGACGUCGCGCGUUGCUGUAAAUGUCGCCACAGCCGCCGUAGACAAAUAACAAUAAUAAUAAUAAUACCAAAAAAUAAUAAUAAUAAUAAUUGCACUCAUUUGAGUUUAGCUUAUUUUCGCCGUCAACGAUGAACCACCUGCGGGUGAAUAAAUUCCGUCUGGUUAGCGGCAAAGAUAGUGCCGCCGAUCUGCCCCAACCGGAUAAUGCCAAUACGAACAAUAACAAUAAUAAUAAUAACACAAAUAAUAACAAUGGUGGAGCCAAAGGAUUUCUUGGAAGAAUCAAACGGUACUCGGUACUGGGACGUCGUCAUCUGGGCAGCAUGAAUCUGCACACGGGCAGAGAUAACCAUCAGCAGCAGCACCCACAUCAUCAUCCCGGGAGUGGAGAUCACCUGGUGUCGCCGGGCAAACUGCAUCACGGCAGCUACAACAUGACCGGCAGUCACUCGGAGGAUCAUCGUCUGGAAAUCGGAGCACCUGUUUUGAUAUCAACAACCACGCUGGAUACGGAUCGCUUCGAUGUGACCGAGGCAAGGCUAAAGCAGAUUGGUGGGGGCAUUGCCCAGACAUCCAGCGUUAUUCGCACUCUAACGCCCAAGAGUUCGGAUGAGGAUGAGUUUGUGGACGCCAGGGGCACGCCACAGCAGUAUGAGAGGAUGGAUCGGGACCACGAGGAACAGCAACCAGAAAAAGAUGGAAUUAACUUGGAGGAUGUGAAACCCUUAGAAGAUCUGGGUGAGAAAGGGAAAUCAGAUAUUGCCGGAAGCCUGGACGAGGAACUCGAGGAGGAACAGGAUCAAUUUCAAACGCCCAAGCAUCAUCCCGCUGAUCCUUAUCCCGAUCCCGAGCCCGAGGUUACGGUUGAGGAAGCCAACACCCCCAUCACUCCGCCAAAGACUCCAGACGAAUCCAAUAACGAGGUGGAACCUCCCAUCCGGAGACCACGCAUUGCCCGACAGCAGAUGCAGUCCCAAUCGGUCCAGAAUCUUCAUCGGAGCGAGCUUAGUAUCUACCUGCACAAGACCCACUCGAUGGCAUUGGACAUGAAUGUAACGGCGCCGGCCAAGCUGGGCAACUUGGAUCUGAAUCUACCCGAGCUGCCGGAGCUGUACGGGGCCAGUGAGCUGAGCCUGGCGGCCAGUGAUAAUAACAAGGAGAACAACGAGCCUGUCGUAAAGUCAUCCCAGGAGAUAAUCCGCACACCCAUACCCAACGGUGGCUUUGCCGCCCAGCAAGCUAAUUUCAAGAGCCUGGACUCCUUGUACUUCAACUCGAAGCUCUCGCAGCGCAGCUCCCAGCAGAGCAGCCACCGGAGCUUGGCAAGCAGCAGCAAUGCCGGCGACUUGGAUUUCGAUCUCAAGUCCAUUAGCUAUCAGAGCCUGAAUGCCCAGAAUCUAUUCGUGUCCAUUGACGAGCUGCAGGAGCUUUCCCGUCAGAUUAACGAAUCGGAGGACUUUAGUCGUGAGAUUGACCUGGAAUACUGCACCCACAGGGAUCAGUUGAGGCCCAGCGAGAGGAGGAUCACUUUACUCAAAAAUAAGAACCAGACACUAAUCAACUUUAGUCACAACAAGGAGAAGCUAAGGAAGGGCUGGCAUGGCAUGAAGAACUGGCUGGGCGAGGAGAGCUUCAAGAUCAAGGAGGUGGUGCGUCAGCAGACACCGCUGAAGCGUCUGGCCCAGUCUAGAAAUAAUCUUAACCAGUCGGAGGCGAAUGCCAAGUCAAUGUCGCCGGAACGAAGUCGUCGUGACAUGACCGAGAGCUGUGAGGAUGUCACCGAAAUGGAAUCCUCCAUGUCGAAUAGGAAUAGCGAGGAGGAUCUGUCGCCGCAUGCCAAGCGGUUCAAGGAUGAGGGACAGAACGGCUUUGAGGAACUCCGGCGAUAUGUCAAGCAGGGCGGUGACUUUAGCAAGGAGCUUAUAUUUGUCCUGCAGGAGAGAGCCGAUUCCGAGCUCAUCUACUCGAAAUCCCUCUCCAAGCUGGCCAAUAAGCUUAACAAGGCCGGCAGAGAGAUCCCUGGCAGCGUGGCCGAUGCCUGGCGUGGCGUGGCCACGGAAAUGGAGAGCCGCAGCGAUAUCCAUCGCCAGCUGGCGGCUUCUCUAACAGAUGAGCUGGUCAAGCCGCUCAAGACAGUGGUGGAGGGACAUCACAAGGCACGCAAAUCGGUGGAGAGCAACGUGGACAAGGCCGCCCGUGUCCUGGGCGAAUGGCGGGCCAGCGAGGCCAAGGCCAAAAAGGCCUCCCACACAGCUGCUCGUGAGAACGAAAAACUCCAAGACGCCAUGCUGGAUGUACGCAUCCAGAAAUCCCCCUCAAUUGCCCUGCUCCACCAGGGACCCAACAAGCAGGCCGCUGAAAAGGAGCUCAAGUCGGCGGAAAAGGACUGCGUCAAGUUGGACAACAAACGCAAAAAGGCCGAGGAGGCGGUCAAGCGAGCCGAUGUGGAGUACUAUACCCUGUGUGUGCGUGCCGAGCGGGCCAGGGUUGACUGGGAGAUGGCCGUGCUCCGGGGCAGUGCCCAGUUGCAGAGCAGCGAGCAGCAGCGUCUGGGCAAUAUGCAUAACUUUGCCCAGCAAUAUGCCCGCCUCAUAGCGGACAUGAAUCCGAUCUUGGGUGGCCUAAGUGCCCGAUUGCAGCCGCAACUGGAGGCCUGCAAUGUGUCCAAGGAUAUGCAGGUGGUGCGUCACAUACGGCGCAAUUCUGAGGGACCCAGCGAGCAGCUGCUGCCGGAUUUCUACUGUGAACACACCACAUUGGCCAUGAACCGAGAGCGACGCAAGCAUGCUUUGGUCAAGCUGCUGCAGCUGGUCAAGACGGAUCUGGAGCGAGAGCGUCGUUCCCGUGAUGGCUUGAGGGGUUUGUCGCAAUCGCUGAACCAUCAGGAGCACCAAAACAUCACCGAUAAGCUAUACCAUAUCCGCUCCAUGCUUACCUACUUGGAGGGAGCCCGUCUCAAGCUGCACUCGGCGCUCUUGGAGUUGGAUCACAAGCCUAGGACCACACAUCCACUGGCCCAGCAUAUACAGAUCACCCGUGACCGCACUGGCCUCCAGCAGAGCAUCCUUAAAGUGCCCAACUGGCUGAAGAACAACGACAAAUCCCAGCAGCAGCAGCACCAGCAAUCCGCUCUUGAUAUCACCGAUACAGCCGCCACCGCUGCUGGCCAUGAAGAUGAGCUUCCAGAUGAUCAUUGCUCUCACCUGCAUGGCAGCCACACCAAUAGCAAUGGCUCCUGCACGGAUAUCAGUUCGGUGGUGAAGCCCUUCAACCGGAGCAAGAGCAACAUUGAGACCAAUUUUACCAGCCAACCAAAGAUAAUCUCUACAACGAAUGCCGCCGUGGCGGCCAUGUCUGUCAAGGCCAAGACUUUGGCCAACAAUCAUAACCAUCAUCAACAUCAUCAUCAUCAUCAGCACAGUGAUCGCGGCCAGGCGGAUGGUGGUUCCAAUCAGCAGGACUCGGACUUUGAUGAGUUUAGCUCGCAGGACGAGGAGGAUGAGGAGCAGCAACCGGUAAUGCCGAUGCCCAAUAAAACGCCAAAUCCACUGCAGACGCAGCAUUUCUAUCAGAAUGCGCAGGAUCUGCAGAAUAGCCAGAAGGAGGACGAGGACCAAGGCGUGGUUGGUCCGAUCCUAGGUCGCUGCAAGGCCUUGUACAGCUACACCCCCAAGCUCUACGAUGAGCUGGAACUGAGUCCCGGCGACAUCAUUGAGGUCCAUGCCAAGCAGGACGAUGGCUGGUGGCUGGGAGCCCUCAGAAAUCAUAUUGGCAUCUUUCCGGCCACCUAUGUGGAGGAGUGUGCCUAGAGGAACCAACAACAAUAUAUAUAAGUAAGAAUCUAUGUGUGUGUGUGUGUGUGUGUGAGUGUGUGUCUGUGAGAUGAGUGUAUGGAUUGUGGGAAUUCGAUUUGUUUGAUACAAAAAUCUGAAAUUUAAUAUGAAAAUUAAAAAGAAAUUAAAUUUAAUUAAUUGGAAAUUACUUUAAAAAUGGGAAUAAGCUGAUGAUUUGAUUUACAAUUUGGAACUUAUUUUUUGAUCAUUUUUCAAUACUUUCUUGGGAUCUUAAAUCUUAAAAACACUUGCUAAAAUAUUAAAAAUAUAUUCAAAAACUUCAGAAAUUACAAGUUACUUCUUUUGUAAUUUCUUUUAUAUAUAAAACCAUAAACUAUUAUUUGAAAAAUCCUUAAAAAAUAUAUUUAAAACAUUUAACAAUUUAAAUUCAAAA